UAAAUAAUGACAUUAAACGACACAUACCUUACCACUUCUUUUUCCACUCCCUUAUCUUUCUAUAUAUUUUUAGAGGCAAAGUAGAUCAAGAAAUUAAGUACUAGCAUGUUAAAUAAGAGUCUAUAAAAUUGCCAUAUCAAAUUAAAAUGUCUCUCCUUCCUUCUUCUAAAUCAAUGGAUUCCUCAAGUAACCGUGCCCUAAAAGAAUGUGACACCGUAUUGAAACCCGCCAAGCACGCUUCGGCCACUCGCCGAACGCCUUCAAUUUCUUCGUCAUCAUCUUUCUCAUCAUGUUCAUCCUCAAAUUUUCCAGACGAGUCCCCGCUUAGUCCGGCCACCCCGCUUCGAUUUUCGGGCGUUCCGUUUUCUUGGGAACAUUUACCCGGAAUUCCAAAGAAAUGUAGUUCAAGUCACAGAAAUAAGGCUGACACAAAAUUAGUGAAGCUACUUCCAUUGCCUCCUCCUGCCAUACCUCAAUUAUCGAAACGUUCGAGUUUGGAAGAAACCGGAAUCCGAAAUAAGAAGCACGGUGAUGAGAAUUUCGGAAGGAACGAUCCGUUUUUUGCUGCAUUUGUUGAAUGUUCAAAGGAUGAUAAUGAUAUCUACGAAUCAUCAUCAACUACUAAUUUAUGGAAUGGUGGUAAGGUUUCAAGAAGCAUUAGUGACAGAUUUGGUUUCAUAAAUCUUUACACUUCUUGUAAAAGAACUUGCGCUGUUUCUGAGUCAUUAGUUUACAUUCCAAGAUCAAACAGAACAUCUUAUGAUCUCAUUAAUGCUCGCCCUACUCGCUAAACAAAUCAUCUUCUGGGAUUAAUUUGUGUUCAUGUUCUUAAUUAAAUAUAGAAAGGUAUUUACAUUUUCAACCUUGAUUCUUAUUUUCUUUUCCUUGGUGUGUGAGGGAAUUGUAUGUCCCCAAGAACAUACAAGUAAUCUAUUGUAAUAUGUUUAUAAAAAAGAUUUGGUAGUAUCUUUUUAUUUU